AUGAUACUGCAGUUCGCUUCCUUCUCGUUCGACGCUAGCAUAUGUGAGCUAUUCGCACCGUUGGUUGCCGGUGGUACUGUGUGCAUCCCCUCCGAAGAGGAGCGCAUUGAGGACCUUGAGGGGGUCAUGCAGAGACUCAGCGUGACCGAUGCAUCUCUCACACCAGCCAUUGCGGCGUCUUUAAGACCGGAAGCCCUACCCACCUUGAAACAUUUGUAUAUUGGGGGUGAAGCUCCCACAGCAGCGAUCGUGAGCACCUGGGCUGAUAAGGUUAGACUGAGCAAUAUCUGCGGACUCACCGAAGGUGGAGUCUGGGAUACAGUCGAUUUGAAUCUGCAGCCUACUGACAAUCCUAAGACUAUUGGGCGUGGGAUCGGUUCAAUCUGCUGGAUUGUCGAUCCAGAUAAUAUUCACAGAUUGCAACCGAUUGGAGUGGAAGGUGAGGUGUUGCUUCAGAGCCCCUACCUCGCGCAUAAAUUCCUGGACGAUACUGCGCAGAACAACAAAGCUUUUCUUUCUCUACCGGAAUCAUUUUCGACCCUCACUGGGCCUUUCCCAGCGCGUUGCUACCGAACGGGAGAUCUAGCUCGGUGGCAACCUGACGGGAAAAUGAUCUUCACAGGUCGUCGGGCCGGGUUUGUCAAGAUUCGAGGGCUCCGUGUCGAGCUUGGCGAGAUUGAAAAUGCUAUUCGUGACUGCCUUCCCAGUGGUAGACAGGCUGCAGUAACUCUGGCCAGGGACGAAACAGGCCUUAAUAGCCCGGAGCUGGUGGUUUUGUGGAACAACAUGAUGGGCGAUCUUCAUUGUUAG